AUGCUUUUCUCCCAAGCCUCCAUCCAUUUGGCGCUCGCCGCCAGUGCUACCGCGCACAUGCUCCUUAGCCACCCCGUUCCCUUUCACCAAGUCGCCCCCGACAACGGUCCAAUAGAUCCAUUCACUCCUGGUGACUUUCCAUGCAGACAGCACGGGACGUACAGGGUGGACAACAUGACCCAGUGGAACGCUGGGGAGACAUAUACCGUCGACUUCUUAGGCUCUGCUGUCCACGCUGGUGGAUCGUGCCAGUUCUCCAUCACGACAGACACUGAGCCGUCUGAGAAAUCGCAAUGGAAGGUCAUUCAGAGCGUUAUCGGUGGCUGCCCAGCUAACGCCAAGGGAAACCUGGAGGGUGGCGCAGACGCUCGCGUGGCCGAUAAAUUCCCUGUUACUAUGCCUAGCAAUAUUCCCGAUGGCCAGUACACGUUCGCCUGGACUUGGCUUAACAAAAAGGGCGCCCGUGAGUUCUACAUGAACUGUGCCCCUAUCAAGGUCGGCAGCGGAUCUGGUAACGCCUCUACUGCAAGUGCUGCAUCGGCUCUAUCUGCUCUCCCAGACAUGUUCGUCGCCAAUCUGGCUACCUCUAAGUGCACAACCGUUGCAGAAGAGGACUUCGUCUACCCCGAUCCUGGCCAGAACGUCGUCACAGGAAAGAACGCCACCCCUGGACCUGGCGGCGCUGGUUGUGCCAAGUCUGAAUCUAAGCCCCCUUCGUACUCUGGGGGCAUCUUCGCUCCAGGCGCCUCAUCCGCCCCGGCCGCUGGACCUACUGUGCAACCAAGCCCCCCCGCUGCGGAACCCGUUCCCACUGCACAACCAAGCCCUCCCGCUGCUGAGCCUGUUCCUAGUGCGCAGCCCAGCCCUCCUGCUGUUGAGCCCGUUCCCAGUGCGCAGCCCAGCCCUCCCGCUGCGGAGCCCGUUGCUUCAGUGGCACCAUCGCAGCCCAGCGGCGCGCCUAGCUGCGGUACUCCCAAAUCACCCAACAGCAGCAACGACACCAACACUCCCACUACACCUGUUGCCGCUGGCGAAUGCAGUCCUUGCACCAACGACGGCGCUGUUGUCUGCAUCGGCACCAAUCAGUUCGGUCUCUGCAACCGUGGUUGUGCCGUUCCUCAGAACCUUGCGGCCGGCAUGGCCUGCUCGAAUGGUGUCGUCGUUGCUGCGGCCAAGCGAUCCAUCAACUUCCCUCGCGCUCACCUUCACCGCCGUCACGGCUCUUCUCGCUUCAUCUAA